GGUGGUGAGAAGUUAAACAGGUGCAUAGAACGGAGUGGAAUGUUCAUCAAGUACAGUGUCGUUGUGAUGAUUACUACGCGAAAACAGCAUCAAUUAUUCUGAGUUACUCUAUUCCUCCUUCCAGUCAUUUCAAAACAGCAAUGUCUGAAUACCACCAGUUUACUAAUGAGGAUUCCCGCCCCUGCUCUCCGUCUUUGCUGCAAGCAGAACGUAGUGCGGACUGUCCUCCACCAUAUUUUCCGCCUACAGACGAGGGAAAUGCACAGUACACGUGGGGAUAUCGCCCGGCAUGUCAUCAGAGUGUGACAUCACUACUUCCAAUAGAUGGCCCUAGACCGCCACCCUAUAUAGACAAUGAUACACCUCCACCAUUUAUUUUACAGGACACGGAGAAUGGACAUCCUACUAACAACGCCCCCACCAAUGACACAAGCGUAACCAUUCAACAACCCAAUGGCACUGAGCUACCACCAGUAACUUCUACACCUAAUGAUUAUCUGGGCUGGUCCAUAUGUGGCUGUCUGUGUUGUGUGUGGUCAAUAGGAAUAUGUGCCAUUUUCUCUUCGUACGAUUCUCGUAGGGCAGCGUACGAAGGAGAUAUGGUCAAUGCCAAAACCAGCUCUCUAUGUGCUUUGAGACUGAACGUUAUCAACAUGGUGCUCGGAGUUGUCCUAAUGACGUACUGUCUACUCCGGUUCGGCCUAGGUGUUUGAUACCAGAAGGGAUAUAUAAGAACAUGAUACUAUAUGAGAGUAAUUGUCACUGACACAUUUAAAGAUAUGUGUAAUGUCAGGCCGAUAUCUUUAACUGUAUGUACAUUCAAUAUAAGAAUAGUAGUGUCAUUAAUACAGUGUGUGUUGUAUACUAUACCAAAUGUAUUAUAAAGUGAAG